AUGGGCGCCGCCACCACCAACGGCUCGGCGGAGCCGGCGCCCGCUCCAGCGCUCAAGUUCCUCAUCUACGGCCGCACGGGCUGGAUCGGGGGCCUGCUGGGCGGCCUUUGCGCGGCGCGCGGGAUCCCCUUCGCGUACGGCGCCGGCAGGCUCGAGAGCCGCGCCUCGCUCGAGGCCGACAUCGACGCCGCCGCGCCGACGCACGUGUUCAACGCCGCGGGCGUCACGGGCCGCCCCAACGUCGACUGGUGCGAGACGCACCGCGCCGAGACCAUCCGCGCCAACGUCGUGGGUACGCUCACGCUCGCCGACGUCUGCCGGGGCCGCGGGCUCGUGCUCAUCAACUACGCCACGGGCUGCAUCUUCGAGUACGACGCGGGACACCCGCUCGGCUCCGGGGUCGGCUUCAAGGAGGAGGACACGCCCAACUUCGUCGGAUCAUUCUACUCCAAAACCAAGGCCAUGGUUGAGGAAUUGCUCAAGAACUACGAGAAUGUAUGCACCCUUCGUGUAAGGAUGCCUAUUUCAUCGGAUCUCUCCAAUCCUCGCAAUUUCAUUACCAAAAUCACCCGAUAUGAUAAGGUUGUCAACAUCCCAAAUUCAAUGACAAUAUUGGAUGAACUUCUUCCCAUCUCAAUCGAAAUGGCAAAGAGAAACCUCACUGGAAUAUGGAAUUUCACAAACCCUGGUGUGGUGAGCCACAAUGAAAUGCUAGAGAUGUACAGAGACUACAUUGAUCCAAGCUUCUCUUGGAAAAACUUCAACUUGGAGGAGCAAGCAAAGGUCAUAGUUGCACCGAGGAGCAACAAUGAGCUUGAUCAAACCAAAUUGAAGAGGGAGUUCCCAGAGCUUUUGUCAAUCAAGGAGUCACUGAUCAAAUAUGUUUUCGAACCAAAUUGUAAGACUUCCAAGGCUUGA